CACGCAACCAGUUCCCUGCGCUGCAUUCCUUUCCCUGGAUAUUGCCGCUCCCCCCUUUCGGAUCCUUGCUGCGCCAGGGCACCGCCUGCGACAUGUCCAGUAACCGUGCGAAGGUGCUGCUAGGUGUAACUGUUCUCGCGACUGUCGCUGGUGUCGCAUUCGUGCACCAGCUGCAGGUGAAGGAGCGGGAGAAUCUCCACCGCGGCGUGCUGCGCGACGACCAGCUUUUGGAAGAGAAGCGUCGCCAGUUCCAGUCGCAAACCCAACCGUCGCAUUCGCCUCUGUCGCAGAUCCAGCCGUCGCAGGCCUCCCCUCCUCCAGCUCAGCAGCAGUAACCCGAGUUCGUGAUGUCUCAAGAAGCAUCGCGAGUCUCGGUCGCAGGUCCGAUCAUAGCAGUCAAGAUUUUCACCCGUUACUAGCCCACCCUCUCCUUUCUCCCGCCUGGGGCCUCUCACCCGAUCACCAAGAGCUUUUCUCACAUCGCAGCCUUGUGCGGAAACCAUCCAAGAUGGCGCCAUCCGCUGUCGAUGAUCACACGCACACGUCAGCAGCGGGUCAUUCUCCUGUGUUCCAACUCUCCGCCAUGCUCCCGCCCUCCUCGCAUUCCCUCCCCCCAUCUCUCGCCUUCCCCCCUUCGUCCUCUCCCUCCGCCUCCGCUCCCUUCCCUUCCCCCUCCGCCUCCGCCUCAACCUUCUGGUGUAUGCCUCUCUCCCCCUCGCGUGUCUACCUCAUCGAUUCCCCCGCCUCCUUCCGGGCGGCAAGGGUUGGCGUUAUCCUGUCCAAGGCUCUCAUGGUGGGGCUGGAUGCUGAAUGGCGGCCGUCCAGACUUCGACGGGAAAUGGCUGAGCUGGCAAAACAGGCUGACGUGGCAGCUACAUCAUCACCUCAAACUUCAGCAGCAUCUGCGGAUAUUCUUCCCCCUCAUCGAGUGGCACUGCUGCAAAUCGCAUGCCGCGUGCCCCUCGGGACAUGCAGCUACGACUGUGACAGUAGGGGGGGUGACUGUGAGGCGUCUGAUCGAGGGAUGGCAGAGGGGUCACAGGGGCAGGACACGCAGAGUGGCACGGCAGCAGGGCAGCGGAUGGAGAGCUGGCAGCAGGUGGAUGGGUGGGAGGAGGUGGUGCUGCUGCUGGACCUCCUCUCCCUCCCCCCCGCCCUCUACGCCCCCGCUCUCCGCGCCAUGCUGCGCGCGCCACACACCCUCAAGCUCGGCUUCGCAUUCUCAGACGAUCUGCAGUUCCUCCACCAGUCCCUCCCCCAGGAGCACCAGCCUUUAGGCUGCUUCCACCAGGCGUCGCCCUUCAUAGACGUGGGCACGGCCUACCAUGCCGUUCGGAGACGGAGACUACAGCUGAAGCGCGAGAACCUCCUGCACCUGCUCACUGCCUCCGCUGCCCCUGGCACUCUGGCAGCUAAAGCUGUGUUGCCGCCCACCUCGGGAUUGUCGGCGCUGGCGCACGUGCUGCUGGGGGCGCCCCUGGACAAGGCGCUGCAGUGCAGCGACUGGGAGCAGCGCCCGCUGUCGCCCCACCAGCUGCAGUAUGCUGCUGCUGACGCCCUCUGCCUGCUGCACAUGGCGCACGCCCUGCUCCCCCUUGCCCUGCCCCCGCAUGCCCUUUCCUCGCAUGCUCUUCCCCCCCAUGCCAUUCCCCCCCAGCCUGGCCUUGCCGCUGUGAAUGUAGGGGCAUCUCAUUCAGCAUCCCUGUCAGCAUCCCCGUCUGUUGUUCAUCAGCCGUUCCCAUCCGCCUUUGUUAUAGUGGCAGCGUGUACAGUCACGCCCUCACUCCCACCACUGCAGCAGCACCACCGCUCGCUGCACACACAGCAGCAGCAGCAGCAGCAGCAGCAGCAGCAGCAAGGGAACGGACACACGGACAGUCACAUCCCAUCCACUUCCAUUCCAGCAACCCCUUCUACCACUGCUCUCAUCUCCGCGCUUGCUCUGCUCAUAGACGAAUACUCCCACACCCUCUCUCUCUGUGACACCACUGGGGAGGUGCGCUCCCUGGGAAAGAGCAAAGAGGGCACUACCACUGGCACUAGCAGCAGCACAAGCAGCAGCAGCAGUGCGAAUACAAGGCAAGGGCGGGUAGGGAAGGGGAAGGGAGGGGCUUCAGGCAAGCGGUUGAAUUCGAGGAAAGGGAGGAGGCAGGCACGAGAGAGCAGAGAGAGAGAGGAGGAGGAGGAGGAGAGGGGGGGGAACGGGGAGGGGGAGGGGGGCAGCACAGGAGAGGGGAGGGCAACGGGCGGUAUCGAUGGUGUGGCUGCAGGGUCAAUCAUAGGUGACACAAGCGCAGGAGGAGGAGGUGGAGGAGGGGAGGUACGGCAAGGAGAGGGGUCAGGCGGAGGGUCAGUGUGGGAGUUUGAGGCGCGGCCGAGCGGAGCGGUGCCGGUGUGGGAUGUGGCACAGGGGGGAGAUGGGCAGCCGCGGUUCCUGUGUGACUCCAUGGUCGAGGGGCUGGCCCGGCAGCUGCGGUGCGUGGGGAUCGACACAGCUUCGCCUAAGACACUCGGCCAAGACACAUGCGAUACGAGGAAGCUGAUAGAGUGGGCAGAGAAGGAGGGCCGCGUGCUUCUAACAAGGGACGUGAAGCUCGUCCGCCGCCGCCUGUUACCACCCAGCCACAUGCACCUGAUCCGAAGCAUGGACAAGCGGGAGCAGCUGCGCGAGGUGGUAACCGCGUUCCGGUUACUGCUCUCCGAGGCCUCGCUCCUCUCGCGCUGCAUCCGCUGCAAUGGCACGUUCGGCCCGGCGGCACUGGGGCCGGCAGAGGCAGCAGCAGCGGCGCCGUGGUCCCAGGUGGUGCCGGCUCAUGUGCUGAAGCAGGUGGCGGAGUUCUGGCAGUGCUGCCGGUGCCAGCACCUCUACUGGGAGGGCUGCCAGUUUGAUCGGGCCAUCAAGCAGUUCACGGAGGUGUGCCAGCUGUCUGCUGCAUUGGCCCAAACAAGCGUGUCAACGAGCAGCUGAGCUCUCAAGGGUUUAUGUGUUGCAACUCAUAAGCUAUUGGUGCUCUUGCUUCCGGUACUUGCGCAGUGGAGCUACGACUCCUUGCUGGAGAGGCUUCUUCUGUCUGUAUGCCUUUCCUGCAGCACCUAUCGAGAGAAAGGCUGGUGCAGGACUGGAGCAUGAUCCGUGGUUCAGUCAGUAUAUACACACACCCUACUCUUGCCGGGGUGCACACACUUUU